GUUUUCGACAGCUUCGAUGAAACGCCUCGUCGUUGCUGCUCAAACUGACUUUCUAAGUGUCUGGUGGACGGAUCGAGAACGGAGGAAAGACUGACUGACCGCUUUAUACCGUCCUGGGAACGGAAAUUGGGGAAAUGUACAGUUCAACGGUGACUCAAUACGAGGAGAAGAAAGAGGUGAACGGAAAGGUGGAAGAGGACGUGGAACCGCUUGCAUUACCGUCGGAGGAAAGCUCAGCUAGGCAACCUAUAAUAUGGCGAAAUGUGAUUGGUAUCAUUGUGCUUCAUUUCCUCCCCGUUUACGGUUUCGUGAACGGCUAUCGAGAUGCCAAGUUCUGGACGUGGAUUUGGAGUAUCGUGUACGGACUGGUGGCUGGUGUGGGAGUAACAGCAGGUGCCCAUCGACUAUGGGCGCACAGAAGUUACUCGGCCAAAGUUCCUCUACGUAUCUUUUUAGCUUACUUAUACUGUAUGGCUGGUCAAACGCAUUUUUACAAGUGGAUCAGGGAUCACAGAACGCAUCACAGGUACACGGAAACCACGGCUGAUCCGCACGAUGCAACACGCGGAUUCUUCUUCUCUCAUAUCGGUUGGCUGAUGGUUAAACGACACCCGUCCGUCAAGAAAUACGGCAGUAAAAUCGAUAUGACCGACGUCGCAUCGGAUCCUGUAAUAAAGUUCUACGACAAGUAUUACGAGAUCAUUAUGGUUUGGCUCUGCUUCGUUCAACCGAUAUUGUUGCCAGUUUUCAUGUGGGGCGAAACAUGGUUCAUAAGCAUUCACGCGACGCUCAUCCGCUACGUGUGGUCGUUACACGCCACUUUUAUCGUUAACAGUUUCGCUCACAUGUGGGGAAAUCGACCGUAUAACAGGAGGGUGAAGCCUACGGAAAACGCGACCGUGUCUUUCUUCGCUCUCGGCGAAGGUUGGCACAAUUACCAUCAUUCUUUCCCGUGGGACUACAAGGCUGCCGAGCUCGGGGCUUACAGCUUGAAUCCAACCACCGCGUUCAUAGAACUGAUGGCACGCGUUGGUUUCGCGUACAAUCUGAAAACACCGUCGAAAGUGCUGGUCGAUCGAACGAUCAUGAAAAAAGGGGACGGAACCGACAGCCUUUGGGGACAUCAGAGACACUGAAAUAUCGAUGUCGAUGCUUCAACCUCGUUUCCUCGCUCGCCGAGGACCAUCCAAACCGAGAGACGACGCGACACGCGUCCAACAAUGAACACACUUCGCUUUUCCAUCCUCGAAAGAACGAUCGUUCAAAAUUUUAUUCACCUUUCCCCUAUCGCGAUUUUUUUUUUUUUUUGUUUUUUCUGUGCACGAGUACAAAUUCCCUCCUUUUUGUUUUCUGUUGUUUUAUGUUUGACCAAGGAUUUACGCGCGUCCCAGCAGUUGGUCGAAUAGCUUUUAUUGUUAUCGUUGGAGAUUUAUUUUUGUCCUGUUUUAAGCCACUCGUACGUGAAUGGCCCGAAGAUAUGCGUGAACACGUUCGAGCACGGUAAACACCCUGUUUGCGCGUGUUCUCGCGCUGAACCCAAAUGAAAUGUUUUAUAUACGCACUGCUUGAUCAACGGGACAUAGCGGUCGACAAAUAUUAAACGUGACAAAAUAUAUAUUUUUUUUUCUAUAACGACAGUGUUUUUGAUGGAGAACAGGCGACUUUUAUUUUUUGUAUCGUACAUUAACCCUUUGAGUGCUGAAUACUCCCGACGGAAGCAGUUCGCAUGGACAGCACGCACCUAGCGGCUGCGAUCGUCGAGGACGGAAUACUUUUUCUGCUAAUGUGAAUUAUGUUGAAGUUAUAAUUGUAAUUCCUGUACGCCAAAUUAAAUAAUACAAGAAAGUUCAUUUCGAACAUAUAGGGUUGGUCCAUAUAGAUGUUGGUCAAUAGCAUUCAAAGGGUUAAUCAGCAUCGCUCUUCUAACGAGAUUUAAAAUUGACCAACUUCGAUUCGUCUUCGAGUAACUUCAUCGGUUACCUUCUUUCUACGAGUGGAUUAUUUUUCAUUGCGUUUUCCUAAUCCACUCGGAUAUGUUUCUUUAGUGGAACCGUUUCUUUUUCUUAAACGCUUUUGCUGAACGUUCCAUUUCGCUGUAAAAACAACAGGAAGGCAAACAGAGGUACCAUCGUGUCAGGGAAGU